AUUCUGUAAAGCAAUAAAAAUGCAGCAAUUCCAAUAAAAGCGGCAAAAUCGCAUAUAAUUGUCACUUACUGAUAACGUUUUUUAAGUUCACCAGUUCAUGUAUUUCGUCGUCUAAAAGCAACUUGGCCUGGGCAUGUCUCACAACACAAAACAACAGCAGACUGAGCCUCCCCGAAGCCCUGCGCCAAAUGGAGGGGUGUUUGUCAUGCGGGGGGUGAAGCAGGAGCAGAGCGAUGCCCCCCUGCCCCGCUCGGCUCACCCGUCAGACUCGACCCGGGAGGAGAACGCGGCCUCCCUCUCGGUGCAGCCGGUGAAGAAGCGGGGCUGGCCCAAGGGGAAGAAGAGGAAGAAGGUGCUGCCCAACGGGCCCAAGGCCCCGGUGACGGGCUACGUGCGCUUCCUGAACGAGCGGCGGGAGCAGAUCCGCGCCCUGCACCCCGACCUGCCCUUCCCCGAAAUCACCAAGAGGCUGGGCGCCGAGUGGAGCCGCCUGGUGCCCCACGACAAGCAGCGCUACCUGGACGAGGCGGAGCGGGAGAAGCAGCAGUACGCGCGGGAGCUGAAGGAGUACCAGCAGAGCGAGGCCUUCCAGAUCACCAGCGCCAAGAUCCAGGACAAGAAGGUCAAGAGAGAAGAGCUUACAUCUGUGAUUAUCAAUGCCACUAGCCUUGGACCAGCUGGAUAUAAGGGCUCGGACCUCUCCAACAGGUUCGACGUGCCCAUUUUCACAGAGGAGUUUCUGGACCAGAACAAAGCCCGGGAGGCGGAGCUACGGCGGCUGCGCAAGGCCAACGUGGAGUUCGAGGAGCAGAACGCCGUCCUGCAGAAGCACAUCGCCGACAUGUACGGCGCCAAGGAGCGCCUGGAGGCGGAGCUCGGGCAGGACGAGCGCCGCACCCAGGCCCUGCACCGCCACCUGCAGGCCAUCAAGCACAUGCUCGUCAGCAACCUGGCGACCGUCGCCCUGCCAGGCACGGGCGAGACCCCCUCCCUGGGCACGCUGGACUCGUACCUGACCCGCAUGGGUAGCGUGCUGGAGACCAACCCUCAGGAGCACCGCUCCCUGGUCAUCCAGCUGCAGGACAUCCUGGCACACCUGGACAGUGAGAAGCUCUGAUUGGCCGGGGCAGCAGAGCUGGUUAAGGACUGGCUGUGUCCAGCACACACACACACACACACACACACACACACACAGAGAACCCCAUCUCAUCACUGCUGCCCAUCUGCCUGGCUGCGGAACACUGGCCUUCUCUGUGGGCUCAAUCUGUCAGUGCAGCACGCUUUCUGCCACUGAGCAAGAGGAGGGGAAUGGCAUUCAGACUGUUCUGUGUGUGUGCGUGUGCGCGUGUGUGCGUGUGCGUGUGUGUGCGCGUGUGUGUGCGUGCGUGUGCGUGCGUGCCUGUGUGCGUGCGUGUGUGUGUGUGUGUGCGUGUGAUGCAGAGCCAACUUUUGCUGGAAGGAUUAUUCCAAGUACCCUCCAUUCCUCGUUCUGUCUCUCUCUCUCUCUCUCUCACACACACACACACACAGGCACGCACUUUACUAAAUCAUCAUCUCAGUAAUUUAAAAUCUCGGUGUUAAAUUUAAGGUAAUUGCUGACUGGAGGGUGUGAGAGUUUACAGAAAUAGCUCCCAAAAAUACCUCCUGUGGGACCAUGGGAAAAUUAUGUGGUGAGAGAGCUGCGAAAUUAAAACAACCGUCGUGGGGUUUUAUAGGGUACCUUUUAUUAAAUCUUCCUCUUUUUUUUUUUGAUCUCAUGUAUGAAUUUUUGCUCCUCUUCCUCCCCAAUUUAAAGUAGCUUAUCGAAGGAAAUUUGAAGGGGGAUUGUAUGAUAAAAGAAAAAUGCACAACAAGUAGUGUGGUGCAUUUUGUGGGAAUAACUAUUUGUAAAAUGGGUUCACGGUGGUCAAGGGUCUUAGGAGUGGGUUAAGGUGUUUCAUUGGUGUUUAAGCAAUUUGCAUGCAUUCGAAUGUGAAAAUAUUAAAUACAAAUGUGCAAAUAUAACAGUAAAACCA